AUGGAGAAGGUAAAAGGAAAUGUGCAAAUUGUAUUAAAUGCAGCAAGUCAUAUAGCAAUUACGACAGAUAUUUGGACUUCUAUGAAUACCGACUCCUUUAUGACAUUAACCGCUCACUUUGUUGACACAAAUUUAAGAGAGCUAAGUACUGUUGUUCUGUGUACCAAAAAAUUGGAGUCUAAUCAUACAGGUGUUUAUCUUUCCCAAGUUAUGACAAAAGAACUGAUGGAGUGGACUAUUUUAAAUAAGGUAGUUGCAAUUGUAACGGACGGUGCUGCGAAUAUAAAAUUAGCCGUAAGGUUAAUGGACAUUCCACAGAUUCCAUGUACAGCUCACAAGUUAAAUUUAAUUGUGCAGCAGUCACUAGAAAUUUCAGAGGAGGAUGAUACAGAUGAAACAGGAGGAUUAAAAAAUAUUUUGAAGAAAUGUCGCAACAUUGUAUCUUUCUUCAAACGAAGUGAAGUUGGUAAUAGGAUAUUAAUAGAAAAACAGAAACAGCUGGGUAUAAAUAAAGUAUUAAAAGUAAAGCAAGACGUCCGUACGAAACCACCAAUUGUCCUUGACCACGAUGAAUGUAAUAUAGUUGAAGACAUAAUACCUUUGUUGAGACCCUUCAAUUGUUUAACGGUAGAGCUUUCUGCAGAGCAAUACCCAACAAUUUCCAAAGUGAUACCAUUGAUAAGAGGUUUACAAGAUUCGUUGGUUACAAAAAUGCCAAGAACGCUAAUUGGACAAGCUUUAAAAACAAAUUUGAUUAGCAAUACAACAAAACGUUUUGAUGAUUUUGAAAAACAAACGAUAACACCGAGUUUUUCAAGAGCUACUCUGUUAGAUCCAAGGUUCAAAAAAGUUGCAUUUGGAAUAGAAGAAUGCUAA